GUUUCCCUUGUCGGGGUCGCGCUCGUAACUUCUCGCGCGGAAAAAAUCUGAGGAGGCCAGCGUUAAAAUGCCUCCCCGAAAAAGGAGAAGAAAUGUCUCUGAAGAAUCUGAUUGGCAGUGCUCAUCAAAAGAGGAUGCCGGGACCGAGGGCAGUUCGGACGAUUUUCCAGGGAGGAAGAUUGGUGUAGAAAACCCGCUUAUCGUAAUUUCUGACAGUGAAGGAGAGGAAGCCAAAGAAGAAAAUACUGUGUCAAAAAAGAGAGGCAGGCUUCAACUAGAUCGACGGAGAACUGGCUGCAAGAGGAGAAUAGCACAAAUGACUGAGGAGGAACAGUUUGCCCUGGCUGUGAAGAUCAGUGAGCAAGAGGCUAACCAUGGCAACUAUAGCGCAGAAGAGGAGAGCGAAUUCCUGAGAAAAGCCAUUGAGGAGAGUCUUUAUAGCUGCAAGGUUUCUGACAUUCCAGAAAAAGUAUCUGAACAAGAACUAAAGAAGGAGAAUUCUUCCAUUAACGAGGAUAUAUGUUCAACAGAACUUGAUAAAGCGCUGCCAUUAUCACAGUCCUCUGAUCAAGGCAUUCUCAAAAGUCCUGUGGUGAGCUUGAUUCGUUUAAGCCAAGAUAUUGUGGAAAGUUCCAGUGUAAUUUUGUCACCAAACUGUAAGCACCUGUUUUCAGAGAUUGGAAGUGAGCCUCAUACCCCAUGCUUAAGCGAUCCAAGUGCAUUUUCAAGCAAGUGUGCAACCCAACAACUUGCAUUAAGUCCUAUUUUUCCCAAACAGUCUCCAUUUUCACUGAAGCGGUUUCCUCGAAAACUCUUUCCGGGCAAAAGCCCAGGCUCCACCGGGUUUCAGGAGGAUAUUGAUGAUCAGUUCUCGCAUUGCUCAGAAAGCUCUGAACAUGACUCGGUCUCCCUGCUACCCAUCUCUCCACCCAAAUCCCUGAAAAUGGAAAACUCUCCUCAGAAAAUGAUUGAUGAAAAGUCUGCACUGUUUAAUGGGGACUCUGCAAUACUAUACGCUAAAAAGUCUGCUUCUACAUUCAGCACUGACAUUUCUGAGCACGAGGGCAUCAUGGUACAGCAAACUGAGGGUUCUUUACACUAUUACUGUGGGGUUCCUUUCUGCCCAAAGGGUCAGGUUAUCCUCGGUCAGUUGGAGGUUUAUUAGAAGAGCUUGAAGUGAGCUCAGAGACACUUACAUAAAAUGGACUUUAGUGAACCAAUCGACUUGGUAGUUUCGUCUUCUCAUCAGAAUGAAAAAGGAGAUAGCCAAGGGAGUAGCUGCAAGGUUUCUGACAUUCCAGAAAAAGUAGCUGAACAAGAACUAAAGAAGGAGAAUUCUUCCAUUAACGAGGAUAUAUGUUCAACAGAACUUGACAAAGCGCUGCCAUUAUCACAGUCCUCUGAUCAAGGCAUUCUCAAAAGUCCUGUGGUGAGCUUGAUUCGUUUAAGCCAAGAUAUUGUGGAAAGUUCCAGUGUAAUUUUGUCACCAAACUGUAAGGACCUGUUUUCAGAGAUUGGAAGUGAGCCUCAUACCCCAUGCUUAAGCAAUACAAGUGCAUUUUCAAGCAAGUGUGCAACCCAACAACUUGCAUUAAGUCCUAUUUUUCCCAAACAGUCUCCAUUUUCACUGAAGCGGUUUCCUCGAAAACUCUUUCCGGGCAAAAGCCCAGGCUCCACCGGGUUUCAGGAGGAUAUUGAUGAUCAGUUCUCGCAUUGCUCAGAAAGCUCUGAACAUGACUCGGUCUCCCUGCUACCCAUCUCUCCACCCAAAUCCAUGAAAAUGGAAAACUCUCCUCAGAAAAUGAUUGAUGAAAAGUCUGCACUGUUUAAUGGGGACUCUGCAAUACUAGACGCUAAAAAGUCUGCUUGUACAUUCUGCACUGACAUUUCUGAGCACGAGGGCAUCAGGGUACAGCAAACUGAGGCUUCUGUACACUAUUACUGGGGGGUUCCUUUCUGCCCAAAGGGGGUGGAUCCUAAUGUAUACACUCAGGUUAUCCUCUGUCAGUUGGAGGUUUAUCAGAAGAGCUUGAAGAGAGCUCAGAGACAGCUCUUACAUAAAAUGGACUUUGGUGAACCAAUCGACUUGGUAGUUUCUUCUUCUCAUCAGAAUGAAAAAGGAGAUAGCCAAGGGAGUGUCAGUCAAGCGGAUCAGAGAGAUGAGUGUGUGUCUAAACUUAGACCAGAGAGCGAUUGUGAGGAGUCAGAGAACUCUGAUAAGUCAGUAACACGACGAGUGUCAAGUAGAAGAAGACAGUUUGACAAUAAAAUGCACAGUCCUCAUGAUGAAGAGAGCUCUGUUGCACCACAGGAGGAGCCUGCCUGUAGUACUUCACAGACGCUGUUUAUGGAGGUGAAUCUGGUUGAAUGUGCAGGUGAUGACCCAGAGGAGGCCAGUGAGAGUGUUCCAUCCCUAAUUGAUGAAGCAAAUGGGAAAAGCCCAGGUGAGCAACACGAGGACUUGCAAGCAGGAGAGCAGGAGAUUACAGUUUGUCCAGAGACCCAGCCCACUCUCGCAGAAGUGGAAGAGGAUGUACCAGAGAUUGAAAAGGUAGAACUGGCAGAGGCAAGCUCUCCAGCGCAGUCUAUCACCACUGAGCCUGCACCAGAAGCUGAAGAAUCAGAGAUUCCCCAGGACGUGGAGUGUCCAAUUUGUGGACAGCAGUUCUCCGUCUCACAGAUCGAGAUGCAUGCUGCGGACUGUGAUGGAGAAAAGCAGGAAACAGUCCUAAGGAGCAGGCGCAAAUUGACUCAGAGGAAUCUUGCUGGUCCAAGUAAUCUUCUUCCCAAUCCAGACUUUGGCAAAUUUGAAAAAUGCUACUUGUGCAAGACUGUGGUUCAACUGGAAGAUUAUCAGACACAUGUGGACAAUUGCUUAAAAAUGGCCACACUGGAGACCCCAAGAAGCCGUAGGUUGAAGAGCACCAAACAGGAAUCAAAAGGGCAAAAUGGCAGACUGCUGAGUAUGCUGGAUAAGUCUGAAGCAAUAACAUCAGGAGCACACAGCAGUCUCCCAGAGCUGGAUUGUAUGAGGAUUUCACCUCCCAGAGAAGAAAAUAAUGAAAGUAUGAAUGAUGAGGAUUUGACAGUCAGCGAUUCUCCAAUCAGAUCAUUUGUUUCCAUUUCAGAGGCCACAGAUUGCCUUGUCGACUUUAAGAAGCAGUUCAGUCGACAGCCAGGUGGUGGAGGUCCCAGACGCCGUGUAAAAGGUCAGCCAAGUGGUGGAGGUCCAAGACGCGAUGCAAAAGGUCGAUGGAGGAAGCGGUGAUGAAAGGGGGGAAAAAACCCUGUAAACUACAAAAAACACUUUGUGACCAAGCCAAAUUUUUUUUUACCCAGGGACCAGUGAACUUUUUCUCUUUUGUGGCUCAUAGCUUAGAACUUUGGUUCAAAUAUAUUUAUAUCUUUUAUUUGACAUAAAAAACAAAAGAACUGUAUAUAAAAUAGAUAAUGCAGAACUUUUUAUUGUGAAUCGUCUUUAUGAAUUAUAUUGCAUAGAAUUUUCACUUAAGUAUUUUCUGAUGCUGGGUGUUUUCCAAGUAGGGGAGACAUAAUAAUGAUUUUCCAGAAAAGUAAUUUUUUUCUUCACAUUCCCAUGCAAAGUCAAAACAAAGCUUUGCAUCAUAGCAGUGCAUUAAAAAGAUGUGUAAUAUUGG